CACAGAGACUGAAACGGAGCCUACACCAGUUGACUUCACAGAGCCUGAAACGGAGCCUACACCAGUUGACUUCACAGAUCCUGACACGUAUCCUACACCCGACUUCACAGAGCCUGAAACGGAGCCUACACCAGUUGACUUCACAGAGCCUGACACGGAGCCUACACCAGUUGACUUCACAGAGCCUGAAACGGAGCCUACACCAGUUGACUUCACAGAGCCUGAAACGGAGCCUACACCAGUUGACUUCACAGAGCCUGAAACGGAGCCUACACCAGUUGACUCCACAAGUCCUGAAACGGAGCCUACACCAGUUGACUUCACCGAGCCUGAAACGGAGCCUACACCAGUUGACUCCACAAGUCCUGAAACGGAGCCUACACCAGUUGACUUCACCGAGCCUGAAACGGAGCCUACACCAGUUGACUCCACAAGUCCUGAAACGGAGCCUACACCAGUUGUAUGCACACAUUCUGAAACAAAGCCUACACCAGUUAACUCCACAAGUCCUGUAACGACUCAUCCAACACCUGUACCCGGGGCAAACAUGACUACAUCCGCUUCUACUGCUGCGACUGCUGCAAAUACCACGAGCAUUCGUGUUACAUCAGCCACAGUAACCAAGUAUCAGUCUAGUUCAACCAGAAUGCCAACUACGACCGCACCAAGAUGCAUUCCAACAACGUGUGGUAAAAACGAGGUGUUCCUUUGCUGCGGACUGUGCAGCUUUAAUACGUGUCGAGGAUGGGUACCAUGUCUCGACACACGCUGUGUGCAGGGGUGCUUCUGCAUGGUAGGCUUCGUGCGAGCCCAUCCGAAGGGACCUUGCAUUCCACACCAAAACUGUCCAAAGGUGCCGUUCCCAUUGAUUAUCCGUCAGUAAUGCACCGGCAGCAAUACAAUCCGACGAAAUGAUGAAUAAACUAUGUUUGAAUUCCAAUGGAUUUAAAACUGAUCGUAGAAUUUUUGAAGUAAUUUUCUAUUCGUGUGGUUACGAAAUAUGAAGACAAAUAUUACACCGAACCAUACUGCACUGUUAUAAAAUAUGUAGAUAGUAAAAAAUGCCUUAACCAACUAUACUUAAAUGACUCUAAAUUACUUUCCAAAUAUAGUUUCUAAUUAAGAUCACCAGUCAUACACCCGAUCUCAAAUGCAGACUAAACACUAUCUUGCACGUAACAUGUACUAUUCUACAAGACACCUAAGAAAAAGCGAGCCUAACACAGCGAGCCUUCGACAAAAGUUAUGUUCGACACCUUUGAUGGAGAGAUUGCUCUACCCAAGGCCGGUACGUUUCAUAUUCUGUUUGCUAGUCGAUUCGAGUGCUGUUGAACAACUUCAGUCAUAUACUGUUCUUCAUCUGUUUUCUUACCGGUCAUAUACCUUUACAAAAUUUUCAGUAUUUUUUUUUAGAAUAGCAGAUAUUACGUGGGAUUGUGCAAAGAAAUCGAUAUUCAUCAAUAUACGCAAAUAAGCAUCUCCGAAGCGUUAUUAGAGCGAUGUUUGAUCAAAUUGAUCUAAAGCUUUCUAGCAGAGAGAGAGAG